AUGCGUUUCUUGUACACGCUUGUCGUCCUUCUUGGAGUAAGGUGAUCAAAACUUGCCUUUAUCCAACCGAUUGGUCUAUUUUCAGUUCAGCCGAAAAGAAUGACACUCUAUCUUCUGUUGGACGCGUUUCGGACGCUGUAAAAGUGAAGAAUAUCACCGGAAAAGUCACAAAAGCAACGUUGCAAAAAGACACUGUAGAUGUGUUCUACAAAGAGCUGAAUAAAAGCGAUAUCAACGACUUGUUGCGUAUUUCGGUCGAAAUUCUGGAUCCACAGCAGUACGCCAACCAAGACGGCGCCAUUCUCGACGUCACCGCCGCCAACGGACGAGACAGUUUUCCGCUGAAACUGCCCGUCGUCUAUUCCAAUCUGACUUUGUUCACUGCUGGCAAAAUGCUGAAUCCGUUGCUGCCCGAAGACUUUGGGAUGUUGAAGAGAACCAAGAAAAACAGUGAGUUUGAGAAAAACGAUGACUUGUAGCUCUCGAAAAGUUUUAGAAAGGAACGAACUGAAGCAGAAUUUGGUUGUGACUGUGCAGUCGAGGUUACACGUGGACAUCGAAUACAGACUGCAAAUCAAUACGUUUGACAAAUCGCAAUACUUUUUGAGGUUCAAGCCCGAGGAAACGACGAAAGUGUUGUCAAAUCAACAUCUGACAUACUCAAAGCCUAUCGGAUUCCUUCUGGACGGCGAGGAACAAAACGUGAAGUCAUUCCACAUUACUCUCAAAAGCGAUGACGAUAUUUGUGCUAGUCUUGUCACUAUUCCAGCGAAUGUAAGUACAACUGCGUUUUUACGUCUUUGAAUAUAAUAUCUCUUGCAGGAAUCAAUCUAUGAACGGAGCGGAGACUCGAACGAAGUGGACAAUAGAAGAAGCAUGACGUUCACGAAAAGAGCCGACGUCUUCUUCUCUGAGACCGAGAUCAGCACGUUCAAACAGUUCCGGAUCUUCGCCUUCAUCAACCCGGACGACAGUGCGUGUUCUUCAAGCACAUCAAGAAAAAGUGUGAAUGAGAACAAAGUCAUCACGUUUGAGUUCGUGAAAAUCGAGUCGCAGUCAUACUUCUUCCCGGUAAUGGUUAUGAUUGCCUUCUUUGCCAUCCCGACGCUCGGUUUCGUUCCGUCUCUUUUGUGGAAUGCCUACAAGGGAGUAAGUGCUCUCCAGCCGGAGGUCAAUCUAAUUUCACUUGAAAGUGAUUCUGCUGAACAGCUAGAACCAUCUCCGGAUUCGCUUAUCAUUCCGGGAGAGGAAUCCAUCGACGAGCAGAUUAUGGCUCCGAAAACACCCGUUGAUUCGCUGUCCUUGAAUGGCGAAAUGCUCCGCUAUCCAGUCGCCAUAAUACUUCCCGUUCUCAUGCACACUGCCGUCGAGUAUCACAAAUGGACGACUUCAACAAUGGCGAAUCGCGAUGAGAUGUGCUUCCACAAUCACGCGUGCGCCCGUCCUUACGGAGAACUCCGCGCCUGGAACAACGUGAUCAGCAACAUCGGAUACGCCUUCUACGGAUUAACUUUCAUAGCCAUCACUUUGAAAAGAAGGUGGCGGCUUCUGUGUCUCAAGGAAUUCGGAACUUUCGAGUGCACUCUCCUUGAUGUGACCAUCGGCGUCUUUAUGAUUCUCCAGUCGAUUGCCAGUGCCACGUAUCAUAUUUGUCCGAGCGAUGUCGCCUUCCAAUUCGGUAAUCCUUUUUGAUGUUUUUCUUUAAGCCUUCCUCUACUUUUAGAUACUCCGUGCAUCCAGGUCAUCUGCGGUCUCCUCAUCAUCCGUCAAUGGCUCGUCCGUUCCGAAUCUCCGUCGGCGGCGUACUCCAACAUUCUGCUCGUCGGAAUCGUUUCAUUAAAUUUCUUCGUCUCCGCAUUCUCUAAGACGUUCUACGUCCGAUAUCUGCUCGCCGUGAUCCAUAUGGUGGUCCUCGCCAGUUUGUGCUCUGCCAAACGAAGAGUGCUCAGCCAAAACGCGAACAUUUCGAAGAGCGUCUUCCUCGUGUUCGCGAUCGUCUUAUCCAGCGUCAACAUUGCCACUAUGAUGUUCUACCUCACCUCCUCCGUUAUUCAUCUCAACCAGAUCUCCACCUACUGCUUCAUUCUCAACUGUAUCGGGUACCUCGUCUACUAUGCGAUGAUGAAAGCGGCGUGUCAGGAAAUGAUCGCUCGUGUUGCCAAGUUGUACGGAGCACUCGCAGUCAUCGGAUGGGUCCUCGCUGCGUUCUUCUUCUUCCAAGAUGGAACUGACUGGACGGUAAACCUCUAUUUUCGUCGAUACUUGAUUCAAUUUUGUAAUUUCCAGAAAUCAGCAGCAGCGAGUCGAGCUCUCAACAAACCGUGCCUUCUGCUUGAUUUCUUCGGAGCGCACGAUCUCUGGCAUAUUUUCGGAGCUGUUGCCGGUCUCUUCACCUUCCUUUUCGUUUCGUUCGUCGACGACGACCUUCUCAAUACACCUACGAGCUCCGUUAAUUUGUUCUAG